AAGAGCUAGAUCCAGUAUCGUUAUCCUGCGGCACAUGCAGAAAGGGGUAGGCAUGCAGCCUGCGAAGCCAAAUGUUGAAGUACUUUGUGAAGCUGAAAGAGAAACCUCAGCCGCCAACGCCUGCACAAGCUCACGAAGCAGGUGUUAUUUCGCACAAGGUUGUGAGCAGUGGUGAGCACAGCCCAGGUGAAAGGAGAAGCCUGGAAGAACAGGAGUUGGAGGCAAGGACAGCGAGGAAAGAAGACGAAGAAGAGGAGGAGGAAGAGGAGCAGGAGGAAGACGAGGAGGAGGAGGAGGAGGAGGAGGAGGAGGAGGAAGACGAAGCAGUGGACAAAGACAAGGAUGAACUCACAAGUACUUCUGAUAAGACCUCGCAAUGUAGGACAGAGAGGAGAGCACCUGAUGACGGUGCAAGGGCACUCAGCAAAGUGGACGUGACGCUGCCGAGGCAACCUGAACGCAGCAAAGAGCAGGACAUUGACAAAGGCAAGAAGGAGGACGAGGAGGAGGACGAAGAGGACGAGGAGGAAGAGGAGGCGGAGGAGGAAGAUGAGUGGGAGGAUGAUGAAGUGGUGCCAGAGCACGAUUCAUUCGAGCAUGAGGUCAAGGCAGAGCAUUCAGCCAUUGCCAUUGCCCAAGUCCAUGCGCAUGUACCGAAUGAACUUGAAAGCCUUCGCGCUCAGCUGGCUGCUCACUCUGACAAUGUCAAGGCCAUGCAGCAGAAGCUUCUCGAAGUCCGGGAAGCUUCGGAAGCUUCGGAAGCUUCGGAAGCUUCCCGGGUCAAAUCGAAGCCUUCGGAGCCUUCGGCGCCUUCGGCGCCUUCGCCUUCGGAGCCAGAGCCUGGGAUGCGAUGCCAGCUGCAGGGCGUGCGGCAGGAGCACCGCGAGGCCAGAGCAGAGCUGAAGGCCAUGCGCAGCUUGCGUAAAUCGAGCUUGGGCAUGUCAGACAUGUCGGACAUGUCGGACAUGUCCCAUUCGGAUGGCUGGAAUGCCAAAGGCCCAUCCCAUGACCAAGUCGCCUAUUGGUCUUGGCACUGCCAGAACCUGAGGGAGUGUUUGGCCCAGUGCAGGGAAACUGCUCAAACGGAGCGGGCCUUGAUCGGCCAACUGGAAGAUGCAAGUGUCGCAGAGCGCUCAGCGGCCAAAACAUUUGCAGAGGAAUUAUCGGACCAGCGAGCCUCGGCAAAGCGCUUGAAAGCAGCUGAACGAGCAGCGGCAAAAGAAAAUUCUGCUUUGGCAAAUAGAUACUGGGAAGCCGCUCCGUUCAUCGUGGAGACGCAGCUUCAGAUGCAGCAAGAAGCAGCUGCUGAGGAGCAGGAUGUUGCUAGCCUUGAAGGCAGCUUGUUGAAGAUUCGUGCCGCGUCCAAAGUAGCUGCGAACGCAGCAGCAGACGCCUGCCGGGUCGCCAGCGCUUCCAAGGCUUUGGAGCGAGAAGACGCCCAGGUUGCCCAGCUUGCCCUCAAAAACAUGGCUGCGCUGCAACCGCAGCAGGACGCAGCAGCGGGGCAAAGGCUCGAUCAGCCGCGCGAAGCACUCCUCAAGCAAGCUUUGGAGGAGGUACGGAAACACAACUUGCAGCUAAAAAGCCAAGUUGAAGCCUUGAAGGUUCGAAGACUGCCGGCUGAGUGGAAAUAGGAGCUGCGCGGCCCAGUGCCAGCCCGGGUAUCGCCCCAGCAUGAAGGUCUUGGAAUGCAGGGCCCAGGUCUUCUCGCCCGCCAACGAGUGCGUCCCGGAGCCUUGCCAGG